GUCGUCGCCCCGCCCCUCCCGGCGCAGUGUGAUGGCGGAGUUGGAUGUUGGGCAGCACUGUGAGGCGGAGCAUUGCCGGCAGCGAGAUUUUCUUCCAUUUGUGUGUGAUGGUUGUUCAGGAAUUUUUUGCCUUGAACACAGAAGCCGGGAGUCACAUAGCUGUCCUGAGAUAACUGUAAUCAGUGAGAGACCGAAAGCAGAUAAGCAUAUAUCUUACCCAUGCUCAUUCAAGGACUGUGCUGAAAGAGAGCUUGUGCCAAUUAUAUGUCCUAAUUGUGAGAAGAAUUUUUGCCUGAGACAUCGACAUCAGACAGACCAUGAAUGUAAAAAACUGGAAAUCCCUAAGCCUCAUAUGGCUGCCACUCAGAAACUCGUUAGAGACAUUAUUGCUUCCAAGACAGGAAUGACAGCAAGUAAACGACGGAAAGGUGCAAAAAAUAGUGAAACAGCUGCAAAGGUAGCAUUGAUGAAGUUAAAGUUGCAUGCUGAUGGAGAUAAGUCAUUGCCCCAGGCAGAAAGAGUUUACUUUCAGGUUUUCUUACCUAAAGGGAACAAAGAGAAGAGCAAACCAAUGUUCUUUUGCCACCGAUGGAGUAUUGGAAAAGUCAUAGAUUUUGCAGCUUCUUUAGCCAGUCUUAAAAAUGACAAUAACAAGUUAACAGCUAAGAAAUUAAGGUUGUGUCACAUUUCUUCAGGAGAAGCCUUACCUUUGGAUCAUACUUUGGAAACCUGGACUACUAAGGAGGAUUGUCCUUUAUACAAUGGUGGAAAUAUUAUCUUAGAAUACCUUAAUAAUGAAGAACAGUUUUUAAAAAAUGUUGAUUCUUACUUGGAAUAGUCAUUCAAGGAUUCAAGCCAGGAAUGACAAGGAAAAUUCUAUGUUAAGUUCAUUUCUUUUACCACAAAUACUAUAUAAUUUUUUUUAAGUUUUAAAAAAAUUGAUUUCCAUUAUGUCAUAAUUUCCAUUAUCAGUUUUCUAUGAAAUUGAAUUUGAACUUUUGUGUUUUAAAGUUUAAUUCUGAACUGAUAAUUCAAUUAUUACCGUACUGAAUUAGCUUUUAAUAGGUUAUGCUUUAGUGUUAACAAAGAUGUGUUUUUUACUUGGUUUAUAUCUGCUGUUAAUUGGCUGUGACUCUGCUAUGUGUCAUCUUUAGGUACUAAGGCGAAAGAAUGAUUGCUUUUUAGGAAUUCUACCAUUUUUAUGAAAGAGGAAGAAAGAAAUGCACAUAUCACUUUUGCUUUAUGCAAGUAACAUGGCCAAUCCUAGCAUCUUGGGGCCAGAAAUAGCCUUACUAUCUGCCUGUGUCAUGAUCUAUGAAUUGUGUGUGUACAUGAAUCACAGAAACUUAGAGAUCAUCUCAUUCACUCAUCUAAGUUUUUGGAUGAGGAAUCUUAGGCCUAGGGAGGGAAAAUGAGUUUCUUGAUCUCACCUAACUGCUUUGGGACAUAUUUCUGAUGAAGAUCCUCCUCCAGUGGGAUUCACCUUUUUUGUCUGUAUGAAUGUAUUACAAAUGAGAAGACACAUGUGCCAAAUGUUUAUACCAAAACAGAAUACAUGCCAAAAGUGAUUACAUUUUAGCAGCACAUUAAAAUUAGUGCUACUGACCAAUGUAUUCCAUGUAUACUUAACAAAGUACUCCUAUAUAGAAUGAAUAGAAAUUAUUUCUAUUUGUUUCUUUGUUCCUUUUCUGUUUUAAUUGUGAACACAUACAGUGGCUUUAGAUUUAAUUAAAGGAAUAAACUUAAGAAUGUU